AUGCCUCUCCCUGCCUCCCCGCAGCCCGCUCCGGGCCCCGCCCGGCCCGUCGCCGUGACCGAGACCGGGCUCCUGGGGACCCCAGUGAAAAUCCCGCCGCACGGCUGCAACAGCGGGGCGCUGCUGGGCAGGCUCGGGGUGCUCGUCCAAGCCCUGCUGGCCACGGCGGCUUUCAGCACCCUGAUGUUAAAGCGCUUUCAGGAGCCAAAAGAAGAGAGGCGUCCCUGGAGGAUCUGGUUUUAUGAUACCUCCAAGCAAGCAAUAGGUGCCCUCUUCAUCCAUUUUGCUAAUGUUUUCCUGUCUGGUCAUACUGCAGAAGAUCCCUGCUCUCUGCAAGCUGGACUUAGUGACGAGUUGUUUGCUAUGCAUCAAAGAUCACAAAAUGACUUCAAGCUUCCUUUUCCAGGUGACCCUCCACAAGCUGCUGCCUGGAUUGGCCAGUGCAUCCUCUACUUGCUGAUAAUGGUCUUUGAGAAGACUGUGGUAAGCCUUGCCCUGUUCAUCCCUGGCUGGACAAAGCUUCAGGAGAUCUUACUGGAUUAUAUCCCAGACCCUCAGCUAGAGCUCGUCCUGGUCAUGUUCAUUGUGCCUUUCACAGUCAAUGCUGUUAUGUUCUGGGUCGUGGACAGUUUGAUCAUGAGGAAGUAUAAGCAGACGGACAGCCUUGAAGGCAGCAGGUCCAUAGAAAACCCCGUGAGGAAUGAAGAAUCCCAGGCGUUGCUCUGUCCUGACUUGGAUUUUGAUCAGUCUGAAAGUGAUGAAGACCUCUCAGGACUCCAAGGACCCAGCCAGAAAAUGAGACAGCCAGGCUAUCAGGUGGUACUUUAAUAGCGACUUCAAACUGAGCCAAGUGGAGAGAGUACCAACCAAGAAAACAGCAAUAGAGACUUUUGUAGAAAACUGGACUUUGAUCUGAUGUUAGAAGCUGGGGGGGGGGGGUGCUAGUUUAUUGCACAGUUAAAUGGAGAUCACAUGCUGGGACUAGGCAGAUCUAUCCUUUGCAGUUAUUUUCCUGAUGGCGUUUCUGUACCUUCUGCAUUCUUGUUGCCCAGUGUGGUGGCUGGCUCUACGUACACCGUUAACUCCUGCUGUACCUGUAUUUGUCUCUAAACUGGACACUCCUAAUCAUAUCAUGGUUAGGACUGUGGAGUUAUAUUUCUGUGGCUGGCCAGCUGGCUGUAGAGUUUGUCAGGAUGGUAGCAUAAGUCAAAAUACUAGAUCUUUUAAUAGGAUUUAUGAUUUAUCUUGUACUAACUGUACUGUGACACUUUCUCUAUGCACAGCUUGCUCGUAAAUAACUCACUUGUAAAAAGUAUUUAAAAAUGUCUUUGGGGUUGGACUGAUCAUUCCACUGAAUCUGACUUUUUUUUACUGUUUUAUAGGGAUUGUAAUAAAAGUUUGACUUAAAGUUGCUUCAUUUUUGGAAUGCAUUCCCGCGCCUAAUGUUUUGCAAAGAGAGGAUGUUACAAAUGAGAUGGCUCCAUUCUAAAUUCUCACUUGCAGGGACUUGCUGCUUGCUUUGCAUUGCCAUAUCCGAACUGGAACUGUCCUGCCUUGGCCCAGAAGUUAAUCUGGUUAAAAAUCUAUGCAGUCACUUGGGUUAAUGACGUGGGGAAAAGCUGUUUUUCUAAAGCCAAAAUUUUCAAAAAUCGAUGUCUAAAGUGAUCUCUAAAAUAAAGCCUUAUUUAAACAGGAAAGUUCAUCUGUGCAGGAGACGGACCGACCCCUGGGAAAGCUAACACCUGUAGAACAAACUCUCUCAGGAAGGACCUACGCACUGGCCCAAACCUUGCCACCUUCUGCUUCAAAUGCAAGGGACCCUUCAGCCUACCAUAAACACAGAUCAGCAUGUGCACCCUACCAAAACAUUCUAUUGCAUGCACAAUUCUCCCCCAUGGGAGAGGGAAGAGAGAAUGAACCGCACAUGACCGAUAUUAAUCAACUUGCUUAAUGCAUAACUGGAAGGCAUUCAGAUUCUACAGUAAUCCAAGCAUCCUAGAAGUGUAGGACUGGAAGGGACCUUGAGAGGUCAUCUAGUCCAGUCCCCUGCACUCAAGGCAGGACCACGUAAGAAUGUGUGGUAUAAGAAUGGAAAUAUUGAUGCUGCUUAAAAGAAUUUGUGAUCCAAAACCCAUUCUCUUCAAGGGAGAGAGGGCUUCAAAUCACACCGAACACACAUUGGAUGACACGCUUCUCAAAAUGCACCCACUGGCAGAGCUUAGUGCCUUCACUGGGAACUCUCUAGCUCUCGGCCCUUUGGCUUAUAGGUCAAUUAGGGAUUGUCUAAAUGAGUACUUGAUUCAG